AAGUAGGUAGCCACCGUCCGUCUGCUUGGCCGACCAAUUACACCGGGCCGACUACCAGUAUAUAGAAGAGCCACGGAGGCCCUGUUAGCUGAUUUCUGCUCGUACACCCGUGAAUCAAACAUCCACCAUCGGUUUCUUCUCUCCACCAAACAUGAGACUUCCAAUUCUACUGAUUGCUUUAAUUUUGACAGUGGUGGCACAAGAGAGCGCGCAGCGUUCUGCUCGAACCCCUCAGGCUCAAAUCAGGUAUCAAGAUCCCAAUGGUCUGAAGGUGGACUGGAAACUAUUCUCUCCCCAGACCCAAUUGCGAUCUCAGUAUCAAAAUUUGCAAAUUUCUCAACAAGAACAAUCUUCUACUUCUGCCAAUACUGCACAAGCUCAUCCCCAGCAACAGGCACAAAGGCGACCUCAACAAUCUCAGCUACUGCAAAUCGACCCAGACGAAGUGCAGUACAAAUCGUACUCACAGCCUCAAGCUCAAGCAGCAGCUCAGCAAGAACCCAGUCAGAUACAAUACAAAACCUAUGAACAGCCUCAAGUCCAAGCAGCACCUCAACCAGAUCCUCAUCAACAGCAGUACAACGCCUACGUACAAGCUCAACCUCAACCAGAGGCUCAACCAGAUCCCCAAGCGCAAUACAACGUGUAUGAGCAGUCUCAAAUUCCAGCUGAAACUCAGCCAGACCAAAAUCAGAUACAUUACAACACCUACUCCAAUGCCCGGUCGCAUGCCAAACAAGUGAUUCUAGAAAAUUACAAGCCACAACGUCAUUACGCUGAACAACCUACUCAACAGUACACUUCGAACGUCAUAGCUCCUCAGGAUCAGCAAUUAGCAAACGCUGAUUAUUCUCAAUACGAUCAGUCGGAAAGUUACGAGCAAAUAGAGCAACAGAAGUCCAGGCGGGAUUACGCGAAUAGUGGAUUUCAGGGUAGAAUCGUGUACAAACACGAAUUGGAACAGCAACAACAGCAGCAGCAGCAGCAGCAGCAAGAGCAGUACGAACAGCAGAUCGAUCAUGUAAAAGUGCCUAUUGAGAAUCUUCCUGUUCCACCACCUCAGAAGCUGAUCUUCCAUAAGAACAUGCCUAGGGAGAUUCAAGAGUUAUUGCAAUUCCAAGCUGAAUUACCAUAUAAUGUAAUCGCAAACAGCAUCAGUUACAAGCCGAAGACGGUGUUCGUGCCUAAACCGUUGCCGCCUGAAACUAAAGGGCCUUAUAGCUACCGCAGCAAGAUCUAUUACGUGAAUAAUGACAGAUACGAGCCGGAUUUCGAAUCGAUUAAACCUGUUGAAGAGGAACAGAAUCAUUGAACGAGGAUUUUUGAGGUAGAGGAUUCGUUUCAUGAUUGGCAGUGGCGGCUCGUAGUUGAAAAUUGUGCUGUUUCAGAAAAUUUUUAGUCUUUGUUUUAAAAAACCGGCAGUGUGGGGGAGACACUGCUCUCUCUCCCGCGCAGCUUCGCGCGCAGCUUCCUGCGUGCGCAUGCGCACACAAUCAAACACCACGCCGCUGGAACUAGGAAGCACACAGUUCCAUACAAAGAUUUUUAUAUCCUUUUCAUAAAUUGGGGGAUGGCUACUGACAUUAAGCUUAAGGAUUAUAUAUUGUACAAGCAUAAAGAAAGAAUUACAGAGAAAAGGAUUCAUUAUAUUAAAUGUUAUCGAUAAUAUCAAGUGGAAAUAGGAGGUGUCGCAGUUCCACAGUGCCUGUACGCGAGUCGUCACUGAUGAUUGGUGUGUUGAAAUUGGGAUAUGUUUGGGGAAGUUUGAAGAAAUUUGAAGAUGUUUAAAAAGGUUUGAAGGAGUGGCGAAGGGACUAAGAAUAAGUUUGUACAUUUCUGUGCUUUAAAUUAUUAUAAUAUGAUUAUAAUAUUAAGGUUAGUUUGGAGGGAUAAGCAGAAAAUUUAAAUUGAAAAAUGAAAUGAUCGUGUGCUAAAUAAUUCUACCUAUAAUGUGUCUGAUUGUACAUGUCAAUUUCCAUUGCACCAUUUAACGAGUUAGGGUAUUUAAUUUCAGCUAAAUAGCAAUUGCAGUAAGUAUCGAACGAAAAUACGAAAUUUUACUCCUUCAUAUUUCCCUCAGACUCUCAACUUUCUCUGUGAAAUAGAAGAAUUAAACACUUACCUUUCUUGCUUCAACGCGUUGAGGAAAAAGGAAGUUGUUAAGUUUCUGGGUUAUAAACGAAAUUGAAUCUUGUAUUUUUAAGUUGCACGAAAUAUUUAUCAAUCUUCUCUGUGUUAACAUCACCAACUCUAGCUUUAAUUGUUUGCUCUAUUAACUAUCUUCUAUAGCUUUAAACGGGCAUAGUUAUUUGUUACCUCUGACUUCAAUAUUGUUAGACAAAUUAAUCAAUGAGGAUCUGUAACGAAUGUUUAUGCAUUUAUAGAAUAUUAAAACAUCCCAGAAAUAUGUAAAAUAUACAAAAUGAACAAAUUAAAAUAAUAUAACAUUUUAAAUGAUUCAAAGGGCAAAAGUAUUUUAUAAAAAUAUAUAUGUGCAUAAA